AUGACUUACCAAAUCUACGCAGCUUGCGCAACCGUCCUCGCCAGCACCCACUCUCCUACCGACUGCUGCCCACACGAAAGACGCUUGCUCUUCAACACGAAGUGCAGCUCCGGUAUCCCACGCUCCUCCUUCGGCAAGCUCAAGCGCAAGACCGCAAGUAUGCUCCAGAAAUGCGUCCCGAGCUCUCCGCACGCCCACACCUCGCCCUCCCAUACUCGUAACGGGCCAACCCGACGCCGCUCGGGCAACUCGAUCGCUGAGGACUGGAUCGGUGAGAGUCCGAUUUCGUCAACGUGCUCUCUUGCAAGGGCUCCUCCUGAUAGCAAGCGCGCGCGGAAGGACGUCCCGGCGCAUGGACUGGAAGCAUCGCCGACGGGGGCUGGGUUCCAGAUGCACAGUCACUCUCCUACCGACACAACGAAGCGUCACUCCAUCUCCCGCGCGACCCAUUCCGGGGACGUCAAGCGCUCGCGGUCUGGAGACGAGGAUGAGAGCUGGCACCCCGUCGGGUUCGCGCGGCCGGGAGCGCCGAAGGUACGGUGGGAGCCUGCGGUCUUGGUUGGGCCGCCUGUGAGGGAGGUGCAGAUGAACUUUCGGAUCGAAACAAAGAGGAGUGAGCGAAAAGAGAGAAAGAGGUUCACGGAUCUAUACAGUUCGGAAUCUGAUGAUGAGGAGGAGGGAGAAGGUGAAGGUGAAGAGAUCCGGAGCCCGCGGAAAAAACAGCCCAGUAUAGGAGCUGAAAUCAAGCGGGCGAUGAGAGACACCUGGACGAAGAUGGAGGAGCUGGGGGCAUGA